AUGCAGGUGGAAGACUUCGACAGGGCUGUGAGCGCCCUAUUCUCUCAGGGCAGCGCAGCUGUUAACCCUGCCACGAGAUGUGAGGCAGAACAGUACCUCAGAGCGGUCUGCGGCAGUAGCAGCGGCACCUUACUGUUGCUAUCGGCGCUGCAGUCCCGCUGUUCUCUAGAGGCCAAGUUCUUCGCGUUGCAGCAGCUGCUGCAGCUGCUGCCGCAGCAACAGCAGCAGCAGAGGCAGCAGGUCAAGGAGAUGCUAUUCAACGUAAUGCGACUUCGUGUGUGUAGCCUGUGGGCUUGCCGCAGCAGCAGCAGCAGCAGCAGCAGUGGGGAAGCAGAGAGCCCUGCAGCGCAGCUUGCGGCUGCUGCCUCCGACCCAGGCUCAAGCUCCGAUGCUGCUGGCGUGCACAACAAGCUUGCUUUGUUGGUGGCACGCAUUCUAGCAGCAGACAUCGACAGCAAGGCAGUAGCAUCAGCAACUGCAGCAGCGGCGAAGGCGGUGUUCUUGCCUUUGCGACUGCUGCUGCACCAAGAGCUGUGCGCACUUUGUUUGCAGCUGCAGGAGACAGAAGAUGGGCGGAUAGCAGCGGCAGCGGCAGCAGCAAUUGCUGACCGGUGCAGCGCCUGCAGAAGCCCUGCCUGUGCAGCAGCAGCAGGCCGGGACCUUGCUGCGACUCUGGAGUCAAUCCGUGUUGCUCUGCGGGUGCUUUUGGUCUUGCACCAGGAGUACCUAGAGGAUCUGCCUUCCUCCGCUCUAUCUACAGCACUCAAGGGCUCGUUCCCGUUCGAUGAGGAAAUCGCCGGUGGCGGGCAGGUGGCAGCAGCCACCUGCCCGCCACCGUUCUCUCCUCUCCUUCUGCAGCUGCUGCGGCUGCUGCAGCUGACACACAAACACAGCCCCGCUCUGGGCAGUGCGGUACAACUGUGCUGCUCAGUCGCAGAGAGGUAUGUGGGGUGGAUCGACUUGCUGCUGCCGCCACCGCCUCGGACAGGUGUAACAGCGGAGGCGCGGAGCAGCAGCGACAGCAGCAGUAGCAGCAGCAGCAGCCCCAAUAUGCUGCAGCUGUUAGGCGGAACGUGGUUGUCAACAGGCGUCUCCGAUGCGGCUUCUGCAAUUGUAGUGUUUAUACACCGUAAGAUGGAGCCUGCCGCACGGAUCGACCUUCUGCGUCGCAUGGAGAUUAUUGAGUGGCUUUUGCACGAGAUUCCUCUCACGGAGAUCGCCGCCACCCCCUCAAUGAUAGUUCCGUUUGCCGCGAUUGUCAAUGCAACCACAGCAGCCUUGACAGAUGCUACGGCGUCGCUGGCAGAGAAGCUGGAGGGAGCGGAGGGAAGCUUAGGCUUGGGGUCAGUAAUGGCGGACAGCAAUAACGCUCUGGUGGCAUGCAGGAACCCUCGGGAGCUGCUGCAUCAGGGGUUGACGGCUUUGUGGGCGAUGCUGCCGCUAUCGGUGCAGUUGUUGGGGUCUGGAGGUUUAGAGGUCUCGAGCUUAGUGGUACCGUCCCUGUCCCUACUGCUAACCAAAGCAGCAGUGUUGCAGCGGCAGGAGACUAUCUUGCAGCAGCCGCUUUCCACUACCCGCCUUCAGAGUUUUCUCCUGGAGUUGCUGCAAGUGCUCCUUAAGAGGUUGGCAGAGGUGGAUAUGCUGACGGGAGCGACAGAGCAGCAGCAUCUGCAGCAGGAGGAGCAGCAGGUUGUUUACAGCAGCUUGGAUGAUGAGGAGCUUGAGCAAUUGCGUGCUUACAAGGAGGCGCUCACUGGGCUGUUCAGAAAGGCCUGUUCUGCUGACCAGAGCCGCGUGCUGCAGUGGAUACAGGAGGGGAUCCAGCAGCACCUGCAACACUUGCGGCACCUGCAACAGCAACAGCAACAACAGGGUCUUCAGCAGCGCAGGGAGCAGCAGCAGCAGCUGGCAGCAUUGUUACACAUGCUGCUUGUCUUGACCGACGACAUAAGUGACCUUCCUGAGAAGCUUAAGGAUACCUCCAGCCAGUUGCACGCCUGUUUGUUGCAGUUGCUACAGCUGCUGCAUUGCAUGCACGAAUGUGGGGAUUUUUCUUGUGGGACAGCAGCCGAGAAUUUUAUGAAGGUUCUUGUGCGUAUUGCACCGCUUCUCGGCAAGCAGGAGCAGCAGCAGCACAUCCCGGAGGCACUCUCGCUGCUGGCGGGGCCGCAUGGCGUGUGUAGCAGCAGCACCACCGUCGCGCCGAAGGCGUGCCUGGCGUUGCUGCGAUUCGUAAAAAAUUGUUUACCGUACUCAGCUGCUUACACGGGCCUUUUGCUGCAGCACCUGCUGCAGCAGCAGUGCCUUGAUAUCCCUCGCAACAGCAACAGUAACGGCGGUCCUCGUCAGCGACGCGUGCGGCCUGCAGUUUCUCCCAGCUGCGGCAACAGCAGUAGGCAGGAGCCCUUGGCGCUGGCAGCAGCAGCGGAUGUUUAUGUCCACCCAAGGGCGUUCCAGGUGGAGCAGCAGCUUCUGUUGUUCGAGGCGGCGGGGGUCCUGCUGGGCUGCAAGCAGCAGCUGCACAGUCGGUCGGGGAACUCUCCGCAAGAACAAGUCUUGCUUCUGCAUGCACUGCUUGCGAAAGCCACGGCGGCCUUCACUUCCGAGAUUCAGCCUGCUGGAGGGGAUACGGCGCCGGCAAUGGCGGUGUAUUGUUCACGCUGCGCCAAUGCGCUGGCUUCUCUUUCAAAGGGCUUUCAGCCCUUCAAGCUUUCGGGUGCCCUAGUUGGUGGGGGGAUCGUUUGCAGUUCAGGGGCCGAGGCAGAGGCCUCGAUACAAAGGGAACUCGAGAAGUCCUGGCUGCGUGCGCUGCAACUCUUCACAGACGCUGUGCGCGUGGCAGGGGCACAGGGCAGCCCUUUAAACGUUGGAGGCACUAGCUUGGUGCUGCUUCCUCCUUUGCUGCAUGCAUGCAUUUUUCUCCUGCGGCGACUUCUUUCUCUUUUGGGGCCCCUCGCAGCCUCUUCCAUUGGGGCGCUGGUCCCGUUGUUGUAUGAUGCUGUGCUGGUGGAACCCGACGGUGCAGCAGCUGCAUCGGCAGCAGCAGGCAGCCUGCAGCAGCAGCAGCAUUCCCCAGAACUCGCCGCCGAGCUACUCAGCGGCUUCUUCAUGCAACUCUUUGUCUCUCUAAAGGGACCUCCUCUACUCUUCUUGCUAUUGCAGCAUUUCCCUUUGGUACUGGAGAGACACUUGGGGCUGUACCUGAAGGCCGUUGCUGCAGCCUCUCAAGAACCCAACUCCGCCGAGCUGCAGCGAGAAUGUCGAGCGGUGCAGGAGCAGUUGGCCUUUGUCCUUGCAACGGCGGCGAGGGAAGCCCCGGAGGCGCUUCUGCGCUUUGGUGCCGCUUCACUGAUUCACGUUGACAGCAACAAUAGCAUCAACGGCGAAGGCAACAGCAGCAGCUGCAGCAACAGCAGCGCUUCCUGUUUCCUACGUACACUUACGCAGUGCCUCGAAGGGGGCAGCAGUGCAAGCCCGGACAGCAACCUCGUGGGGCGACAGCAGCAUGCAUUGCUACAGCUGCUGCAUCAACAGCAGCAGCAGCUGCAUCUGUUGCUUUUUGGGUCGCUGCGUUCCGUGUGUGGGGAAGCUGCAGUGACGUCGAGGGUCCCCGAAGGGACUCCUGUGCCUCACGGAAUUGCCAGCACCACAUGGAGACCUGAGAGCUGCAUAGACACACAGCAGCAGCUGGACCAGCAGCAGCAACAGCUGUUGCAGCAAGUCGCGCAGCUUCCUAUCGAGCUGCAGCAAGUCCAGGAAGCAAUGAGGGACUUUACGAGGCAAAACGCUACCCUUGAGGCGCAACUGCGGCAGCGGCGUUCCCAGGGUGCGUCUUCACAGAUGCUGCAACAGCCAUUGCAGCAGAGUGAGGAAUUGCAGCUACUGCGGGAGCAGCAGCGUCAGCGUGUCCAGGGAAUUCACUUGCAGCAGGCGGGGCAGCAGUUAUCGCUUCUUCUCCCGCUCUCUCCUCUCUUUUAUGUGACCUCCCGUCUAUUGGCGUCGCUUAAAAAUGACGAUCCUCAGCAUGUCAAGCUGGCAGCGGACAUCGGAGGCCUAUGGCGAGUCUGCGGAUACGGGAUGCCUCCGGGGACUCCUCAACGGACAGCGACAGCAGCAGCAGCAGCAGCAACAGCAACAGCAGCAGCCCAGUUCGUAUCCCUUUUCAGUCCACUGCGGAGCGGCCUGCAGGAGGCGCUAAGGGAGGGACUUUCUGAGCGAAUUGGCGAUUCUGGUGCUGUUACUACUGCUGCCGCUGCCCUAGUGGAGGUACGCAAGCGCUUGCUCAAGAGUCACACCACUGGUUACUGGAUGCUCCCAUCUGCUGAUGCCGUUUACGACUCAAAGGAACACGAACUUCUGCUAGACGGCCUACACACGCCCUCUCGGGACGUCUUGACAUGCAUUCAUGCAUCGCUAACGCGUUGGGACAGACAGACGGACAGCAACUCCGAGAAGUGA